GUGUCCAGUUGGCCACUGUACUUCCUGUUUAUUUCAGAGGAGAGGAACCAACGCAGGUCAGCAAGUUUAGUUGUCUGUGUCGGCUAUGUGAUACGCCGUAGUCUCAGGUUUUAACCCUCUGAACAUGGCACAAAGUUUGUGUUUUGCCGUACUGCUGCUGCUGUGCAGCGCGGCUCCGCAUGCGGCGGCACCGACUGGAAGCAGCUACCUGCCGGGCACAGGUGAGGAGAAACCCCCGGGUCUUUCCGCCGAUGAGAACUCCGGCAGGUUCUGGCACAUCACUGACCUCCACCUGGACCCCACCUACCACCUGGCCCCGGAUCCUACCAAGGUUUGCUUCUCCUCCAAAGGAGCUCCAGCGACCCAUGCCGGCCUGUACGGGGACUUCCUGUGUGACUCUCCCUACCGCCUCAUCCAGUCGGCCUUCACUCACAUGGCACCGCUCACAAAGCAGCAGGACUUCAUCAUAUGGACUGGUGACAGUCCACCUCAUGUCCCUGUAGAUGAGCUCUCUACGGACAUGGUGAUCCAGGUGAUCAGUAAUAUGACCCAGACCAUCAGACAACACUUCCCCAACCUGACAGUCUAUCCUGCCCUGGGGAACCACGACUACUGGCCACAGGACCAGAUGCCGACCUCCACUAAUGCCAUCUACAAAGCUGCUGCCCAGCUGUGGAAACCCUGGCUCCACACCGAAGCUCUGCUCACACUCUCACAAGGCGGUUUCUACUCCCAGCUGGUAAAGCCUGGUUUGCGGGUGCUGAGUCUCAACACUAUCCUUUACUACGGACCUAAUAAAGUCACAAGUAAUAUGACAGACCCCGCUGGGCAGUUCGAGUGGCUGGAGAAAACUCUGGAGAAAGCUGCACAGAGCCUGGAGAAGGUUUACAUCAUAGCCCAUGUACCAGUGGGGUACCUGCCCUUUGCCAGGAACAUCACUGCUGUUAGAGAGAGCCACAAUGAGCGGCUGGUUGCCAUCUUCCGGGAUUACAGUCAUGUCAUUGCGGGUCAUUUCUAUGGCCACACCCACCGUGACAGCGUCAUGGUGCUGUUGGACCAGAAAGGUAAACCGCUGAAUUCUCUUUUUGUGUCACCGGCUGUUACACCAAUCAAACAUGUUUUGGAGCCGUACUCUAACAACCCAGCUUUCCGCAUGUACUUGUACAACACCAAGGACUACGCUCUGUUGGAUAUCUGGCAGUACUAUUUGAAUCUGACGGAAGCCAAUGAACAACAAAGAUCUGACUGGAGGCUUGAAUAUAUCAUGACUGAGGCGUUUGGACUGACUGACCUUCAGCCGCAAAGCCUGCUCCAGCUGGGCCUGAGCUUCAGGCUGCCGCAGAACAAAGCCUUUGACGAGUAUUUCAGGAACUACAUGGUCGGCUACAACAGCAGUAUCGUCUGUAAAGGAGACUGUAAGGUCAGCCAGGUGUGUGCUGUGCUCUACCUGGAUCAGCUGUCCUACUCCAAAUGUGUCGCAGAGGGAGAAUGGUAGCAAGGUGGAUCAAAAUGAAAGAUUCUCAAGGGAUUUGUCUCAGGAGUUGCAUUUAGUUUUUGAUUUUUAAAAUGAUUUUUUUAAAUUAUGCAUGUAUUUUUUUUAUUUUUUUUUUACUAAAUGAUGGAGUCAUGAUGAACAGUAUGCCACGCACUGCUUCUGCUUCUCCCAAAUAUUAAUCCAACUAUUUUACAUUUUUUUCCAAGCUGGUUCUUCAUCAGGUGAUAUUUGAUUGAAGACAUUACUUUUUGGAAUCAAGUUAUCCACUGUGGUUGCAGUCCAGAAUACAUGCUGAACAACUCCAAAGUGAAUUAGCAGUUGAAUAUAGUGAAAAGAAAUAUACUUAUAUACUCUACUUAAUAAUACAUAAAAUGAUAGAUAUCUUGAGUAUAUUGAGUUGCAGACCUCAAAGUAUCAAAAGCCCCUCUCCUAACUCGUCUGCUUCACACGUUUUUCGGGAGAAUGCUAGCGUGCGGGAAUGUGGAAUAAAUUGAAGGAUUCUUCAGGGAUUUGUUUUUGAGAGUCAUGUUUAUAUUUUUGAAAUGAUAUAUCUUGAAACUUGAAUGAGGUCAUGAAAAUGGCAAUUCCACGCACUGCUUCUGCUGCUCUCAAAUAUUUAUCUGGGGUCAGAAAAAAGGAAGAAAGUAAACAACGAUUUACAUUUUUUUACAUUCCAUAGUAAAAAGGUCAUUAAAAGUAGACAAAUAAACGUAUAAUAAUAAACUUCUGAAGUCUUUAAAAAAAAAUUAUAGAUACUGUAUCUUGAUGAUAUCGAAGUGCAGCCCCCCUUUCCCCAGUCUUCCUCUAAUUCCUCUGCCUCCCAGUUUUGAGUGGCGUAGACUUCAUAAGGGAAAACCAAUGAUGGCUUUUAGCUGGCCAUCUUCUUAAAAAGAGUCAGGGUAGGUUAAUCUGAUGUCUGCUCCUCUGUCCAUCACACAGGUUUAUUCCCUCUGUCUUUACUUCUUGCACUAAUGGAUUAUUCCUAAUCUCUGGAAUGAUCUAAUUGCCGCUAAAAGUGGACCAUCACUCGAGCUAAUGGUGCUGAUUAAUCAUGAAUACUGAGCAGUAUGUUACGUCAGAGUAAAAUGGCAAUUGGAGGAUUUUUAUCUUCAGCCGUCUCUUACAUUUCAGGGUGAAACAACAUACUUGAGCGGGGUUUAGUCACAAGAAGGAUUUAAGUCAGAUCCUUUAGAUUUGAUUGGAUCGCUCAAAGGUGUGAAGAUCUCAGCGAAUGCAGGGCGAUGCAGAGAAUAUAUAUAGAUGUGUAUAGAGCGCAUAUUUGGCCGCAGAUAACUGAUCACUUAACAUAGGGACGCAGGUUUAUAACUGUUUCACUGUGCCUUGAAAGUUUCCUCUGCCUCAGCAACUGUCUGCAUUACUUUGGACAUUCUGCAAUAAUGCGUGCACCAACAGUUAAUCACUUCAUUGGAACACGUUUGUUAAAUAUCUAAUUCCAACAGGACUCUCAAGUAUGAAAUGUGUUCAGUGAAAUGUACCAGAAAUACCUUUUUACAAGUGUAAAAUGUAAUGACAAUCGACGGCAAUUUUGUGUUACAAAUGAAACUGAAAUUGUGAGACGCUACCGGUGCUGUUGCACGGACAUGGUGCAAUUAAUCAUGUUACAUAUCACAGGGAGAGAGUGGGUUUUAAUUUUGCCGUUUAUUUCUCUACUAAAUAUAGAUCUUUAUUCGAAGAAUGUGUUCAAUCCACCUUGUCUGUUUCUUAGGCAGGUUAUCCGAGCACGUGUUGCCUUCGUGCGUUACAGAUUAUAAAAAGGAAACUUGACUGCAGGGCUAUAAGAGUUUGCUAACUUAAAAGCCACAGUUAAACUUGUGGAGGCUUGUUUGUCUCUCCAGGGGAGGCAAAAGGAACAGCGACUAACCUCAUGUGACCCUUCCCCUUCAAUUUCAACCCCCUCCUGCCAGCGCUCCCCCGAUCUUAUUCUUCUCCUGUCCAAACUCUCCAGAAACAGCUCUCGUUUCUCAGCCACCACUCCAAGCAUUUGCCUCGCUCCUCCUCCCCUCAACCCUCCGACUCUUUUGUCCUUUUGCCUCCCUCCCCAAAAGGUUGAUUACACCCCUGUUGAAGCCUCACCAGCAUCUUUUUUUUUUUUUUUUUCAUGUUAAAACGCAUCGACCGAGAUCACCAAAAGUUGGGAUGCAACAUAAAUAAGCCAAAUGAUAUCCAUAUUUUGCUUAAAUUAGAUUUCAGCACCGACACAAGCUCUUGGCAGAAAUGUUUGCUAGAGCAGUGGUUCCCAACCUUGGGGGUACCCAAGGGGUUUCAAGAUAAAUCUUAGGGGCCGUGAGAUGGCUAAUACGACACAAAAGCAAGAAAAACACGUUUAGCAUACAUAAUUUAUCUUUAGAGUUCUUUCUCAUCUUCACUUAAUUUGUUGUGAAUUACUGAACGUUUUUGUCUCUUCAGAGGCCCAAAAGUUAUUCAAAUAAACCAAACAUGAAGGGAGGAAUUACCUUUUCGUUAAGGUGGUCUCAGCCCGGAGGUAUAACGAACACGUGCCGGGGGUAUUAAGAAAGCAUAACCCCUUUUUCAAGGGGUCACUACCCAAACAAGGGAACCACUGUCCUGUAGAAGAAGUGAUAUUCACAAAACUGAAGACUGAAAUCCAAAACCAGAGAAAGCUGUGCUGAAUAAUAAUAGUGAAAUGGUUUUAAAAUUUUUUGGCGUUUACAUUACCUGAGAAGUUUUUAAACUCCUCAGAUUCAUUAAAAGUGUAAUGAUGAUUUAGAUAUGCUUCGACAGGUGUGUCAUAUUAUUCAAAACUUCAGAUGGAGUUUAGAAACAGUUCCCUUCAGGGCCUUGAGGAAUGAAUCUGUACUCUGUAUGUGUGCUUGUGUUUUUUUUAAAAUCUUU